AAGUGGUGAAAAUUGUAAUGGCCGCAGGCCUCUGUUCUCGCGCGCUCCUCUUAUCCACUAACAACACUCAACAGCAACACCAUUGCUGCCAAACCUUUAGCUUUAGAACAAGAAGAAGAAGCAGAAGUAGAAGCACCUUGGACUUGUCUGCGCUACCACUUCCUCUCUCUACCAGACUCCCUCUUUCUCGGCCGGCGAGGUUCCGAGUCCUUUGCCAGUCACCAGGCCUCUCCGGCCCGGACCUCGCCGUCCAAGACGGCCAAGAUCGCCUUCUCAAGGUCCCUGUGUCUAACAUCAGGAAUUUCAGCAUCAUUGCGCACAUAGACCAUGGGAAAUCGACUUUGGCGGAUAAACUGCUCCAAGUGACCGGAACUGUACAGAAGCGGGAGAUGAAGGAACAGUUUCUUGAUAACAUGGAUUUGGAGAGGGAGAGAGGCAUCACUAUCAAACUACAGGCUGCUCGAAUGCGUUAUAUCUUUAAAAGUGAACCAUAUUGCCUGAAUCUAAUUGAUACACCAGGGCAUGUAGACUUCUCUUAUGAGGUUUCUCGGUCUCUUGCUGCAUGUGAGGGAGCUCUCCUUGUUGUAGAUGCUUCUCAGGGAGUUGAAGCACAAACACUAGCUAAUGUUUACUUGGCCUUGGAAAACAACCUAGAAAUCAUCCCUGUUUUGAACAAAAUAGAUCUCCCAGGUGCUGAACCAGAUCGUGUUGUCCGGGAGAUUGAAGAGGUUGUUGGGUUAGAUUGUAGCAGUGCCAUAUUCUGCUCUGCUAAGGAGGGAAUUGGUAUAACUGAAAUUCUCAAUGCGAUUGUUGAACGGAUUCCCCCACCCAAGGAUACUGCUGAAAGGCCAUUGAGGGCUUUAAUAUUUGACAGUUACUAUGAUCCAUACAGAGGCGUUAUAGUAUAUUUUCGAGUCAUUGAUGGGACUGUAAAGAAAGGUGACCGAAUUUAUUUUAUGGCCAGUGGGAAGGAUUAUUUUGCUGAUGAAAUUGGAGUUUUAUCUCCCAAUCAGUUGCAAGUUGGAAAACUGUUUGCCGGGGAGGUAGGCUAUCUUUCAGCUUCUAUAAGAUCAGUGGCCGAUGCUAGGGUGGGUGACACAAUUACACACUACAGUAGAAAGGCAGAAAAAUCACUGCCUGGAUAUGAGGAAGCCACUCCUAUGGUGUUCUGCGGCCUGUUUCCUGUUGAUGCAGACCAGUUUCCUGAGUUACGUGAUGCACUUGAGAAACUGCAACUUAACGAUGCUGCAUUGAAGUUUGAGCCAGAGACCUCAAGUGCCAUGGGUUUUGGCUUUAGAUGUGGGUUCUUGGGUCUUCUCCACAUGGAAAUAGUUCAGGAGAGGCUUGAGAGGGAAUACAAUUUGAACCUGAUUACUACAGCUCCAAGUGUUGUAUAUAGAGUGAAUUGUGUAAAUGGUGAUACUGUCGAGUGCUCAAAUCCAUGUUUACUUCCUGAACCUGGAAAAAGGAGGUCUAUUGAGGAGCCAUAUGUUAAGAUUGAGAUGCUUACGCCAAAAGACUAUAUUGGUCCACUUAUGGAGCUCGCUCAAGACAGAAGGGGAGUGUUUAAAGAAAUGAAAUAUAUUACAGAGAAUAGAGCAUCCAUCACCUAUGAAUUACCUCUCGCAGAGAUGGUUGGUGAUUUCUUUGACCAGCUGAAGUCCAGAAGUAAGGGUUAUGCUAGCAUGGAAUAUACCUUUCUCGGGUACAAGGAAAGUGAAUUAUUAAAACUUGACAUUCAGAUUAAUGGUGAUCAUGUGGAACCAUUGGCAACUAUUGUGCACAGAGAUAAGGCAUAUCCUGUGGGUAGAGCUUUGACGCAAAAGCUGAAGGAGCUUAUACCCAGACAAAUGUUUAAAAUACCCAUUCAAGCAUGCAUAGGUGCAAAAGUGAUUGCUAGUGAAUCUUUAUCGGCUAUUAGGAAGGAUGUUUUAUCUAAAUGCUAUGGUGGGGAUAUUACAAGGAAAAAGAAACUGCUUAAAAAACAGGCUGAAGGGAAGAAAAGAAUGAAGGCAAUCGGUAAAGUUGAUGUACCUCAAGAAGCCUUCAUGGCUGUGUUGAAACUUGAAAAGGAGGUAUUAUGAUAUCAUAUUUCUUUGUAGUUUCGUAAGAUUAUAGUGAAGUUCUAGUAAUUGUGGGAAAUAUGAGAUGCUCUUGGUUUUUGUUUCAUAGGGUCAGUUUAGGCCCACAUUUUAUACUCUCUUUUCUUGUUUUUUUGUUUUGAAAGUAACAUUUUGAUAGGGGAGUGGGUCACCUGUUGGGAGCCUCUCAUUUCCUCCAAUUAUUUGUAUACAGAUUAGUGUAUUCAGAUUUAUGCCACGAUGCUUAAUAGCAAUCUAAGGGUUCAUGAAAAAAAAAAAAUGGGAAAAAAUAAAUUUAGUUUCUAGGUUUUUAUUUUGACAA